AUGGCUCGAUCCGACUCGCCGUCCGAUGACGAGUCACCUACGACUGAAGGCGCUCCGACAGCAGCGGCCUUCGCAGAUACCAUACUCGAGAGGAUGGCGCAGCAAGACGCCGUCCAGAAGGCGACGAUCGAGCAACUCGCCGCCAUCUUGGCUCCUUUGGCCGGAAACUCGGGAGAUCCGGCUACGACAGUCCGAAAACAGAUGUUCGACACUUACCGAACAGCCGGCGCGGGAAACCCGACGAACACAAACGCUGUCCAAACACAUGGCGGUGUAGAUCUCACAACUAUCCACGAACUCGCCGAGCUUAAGCAGUCGGUCCUGGAUAUGAAGGACAGGAUGCUUCAAGGACCUACUUCGGCGCCAUUAAUCGAACGCGUCCUCGCCGAAACCCUAAAAGCCCCUUUCUCCCGGCGAAUCACCGACGUACCGUACCGACCAGCAGAGAAAAUCCGCCUUCCGACUUUUGCCGGAAAGGCAGACCCAGCUGACCAUAUCACCGCUUUUAACAUCGCGAUGUGUCGAACUAACUUUUCUGAUGAGGAUAGAGACGCUGGCUAUUGUCGGCUCUUCGUCGAGAGUCUUCAAGGACCAGCCCUCGGGUGGUUCACCGGAUUGGAACGAGACUCGGUCAACGACUUUCAUGACCUGGCGUCCGAUUUCCUCAAGCAGUACAUCAUGUUUACGAGACAAGGAGCGACCCUAUCCGAUCUUUGGAACCUGUCUCAGGGAGCAAACCAGAGCCUCCGCGACUUUAUGGAGAAGUUCAAAGUUGUCGCUUCGAAGGUGCAGAUCCCAGACAGCAUCGCCGUUGACGCGUUGAUGAACACCCUCUACUUCAAGUCUCUAUUCCGCGAGGAUCUCUACAAGAACCCCACCAAGUCGCUCCAUGACGCAAUCGCGAGAUCGAACAACUUCAUCCGAAUGGAAGAAGACACAGCAGCGAUACUCAAGAAAAUGAAUGCUACCGCUAAACCGACGACUGCUCCAAAAGCUCCUGAAGCACGCCAAAAGCCUCGACAGCACGCCGCAGGCAACAAAUCUAACCAGCAGAAAUGCUUCGUCUAUGUCGUCGAAGAUAAGAACCCGCCCCCGCGAUCGACCGUCUUCGUGCGCAAGAAAGGUUGGAACGUCUAG